UGUCCACGCCACGCCCCGGGGGCGGGGCGAUGCCGAACCGAGGCGGGCUGGCUCAGUAAAGCGGAGGCAGCGGGGGAAGAUGGCGGCAGCCAUUCCGCAGCGGGCGUGGACCGUGGAGCAGCUGCGCAGCGAGCAGCUGCCCAAGAAGGACAUUAUCAAGUUUCUGCAGGACCAUGGUUCAGAUUCGUUUCUUGCAGAACAUAAAUUAUUAGGAAAUAUUAAAAAUGUGGCCAAGACAGCUAACAAGGACCAUUUGGUUACAGCCUAUAACCAUCUUUUUGAAACUAAGCGUUUCAAGGGUACCGAAAGUAUAAGUAAAGUGUCUGAGCAAGUGAAAAAUGUGAAGCUUAAUGAAGAUAAACCCAAAGAAACCAAGUCUGAAGAGGCUUUGGAUGAGGGUCCACCAAAAUAUACAAAAUCUGUUCUUAAAAAGGGAGAUAAAACCAACUUUCCUAAAAAGGGAGAUGUUGUUCACUGCUGGUAUACAGGAACACUACAGGAUGGGACUGUUUUUGAUACUAAUAUUCAAACAAGUUCAAAGAAGAAGAAGAAUGCCAAGCCUUUAAGUUUUAAGGUUGGAGUAGGCAAAGUUAUCAGAGGAUGGGAUGAAGCACUCUUGACUAUGAGUAAAGGAGAAAAGGCUCGACUGGAGAUUGAACCAGAAUGGGCUUAUGGAAAGAAAGGACAGCCUGAUGCCAAAAUUCCACCAAAUGCAAAACUCAUUUUUGAAGUGGAACUAGUGGAUAUUGAUUGAAAUAGCAGAUUCAGUUCUAAAGACAUCAGUAAUGAUAAAACUUGGCCUUGAAAAAACUUAUGUAACUAAUGAGAGCUUGUUACUAUUGUAAAGGAAGAGUCAACUGGAAAAUUCAAGGAAUUAAGUUAAAACUUGUUUACUGGACCCCAACUUUUGAGAAAUGUAAUCCUUAUAAAUCCCUGAAAUCAAAUAUUUUACUACAGCUGUGUAAAAUAUUAGUCAAGGAGAACGUUUUCCUUUUACCUCAUGUUGUAAACUAAAAGGCUCAAUAAAAAUUUAUCCACUGUCUUGA